AUGUCUACUAUUUUUGCGAAACAUUCAAAGGAGAAUAAUAGUUCUUCAAGAGUCAAAAAGCUGAGCUCCACCGGUAAUAACAAUACUCACAGCUCUUUCGCGUCGACAAACGAGUACCUGACUUGGAAUGUCGAUGCCACUCUAGAGAAUUUUACAAAGUAUGGAGACUUACCCCCUUUACUAUCGCCAACCUUGCCCUCGUGGACCAAGAAUGAUCGGGAAUCUUCAAGGGAACUAGGUAACACUUCUAAAUCGCAUUCCAAAUCUUAUUCGCGAACUCAUUCUCAUGGCCCCUCGAGUCUUACUAUUAAUGGGGGAGGGGGAGAUAAUGAUGAUGAUUUCGAUAUUCCAAAACUAAUGCUUUCUCCUACACUUCCGGGAAUUUUUGAGGAACCAGUAGAAUAUCGCAGGGAUGAAGGACCGCAUCAUUGGAUUGUCAAACUGAAUAAUAAACAACUAUCUUUUAAGUUAUGUUUAUUCAUGAAACCAAGAUUGCUUCGGCAGAUCGAAAGAAAUGCAAAAAUUAAGCUAGCACCAGCCCCUGUGCUAAAUAAGAAGAAAAUAUUGAGCGGAGAUAAAAGAAAGAAUGCAGAAACAUUCUUUAGCGAUCUGGAUGAUGAUCAAGGAAAUAAAGAAUCCAGAGUGAAAGAGAAAGAGAAAGGUAGAGAAAGAGAAAGAGAAAGGGAAAGAGAAAAAGAAAAAGAGAGAGAGAGAGAGAGAGAGAGAGAAAGAAAAGGAGAGAGAAAGGGAGAGAGAAAGAGAAAGAAAAGAAAAGUUAAAAAGAGAUCGUGGAUUAGACAAAGAAAAGGAGAGAACUAG